GGCGGCCGAUCCUGCGUCAUGGCUGGCACAUAGCAGUUCGUAAGAUUCCAAGGCCUCCCACACCUUUUGCUCCUUCCUUUUCUCUAUGCCGUGCUGUUCAUCUCUCUCUCUCUCUCUCUCUCCUCUUCCCUCAGAGUUUCACCAAUGUCAGCUCGUCCCUUGCGUAUGGUGUCCUCCUCAUCCCUCCACCAGAUGCCAAAAAUGUCGCUCAUCCAUCUGAUGACAUGGCUGUUACUCACGAUCGGCUCAUUAUUACUCGGGGUAUCAGCACAAACAACGACGACCAAGGCAAGCAGCGCCGCAACUUCAACUUCGUCGUCCACGGGGAUUGCGACACAUACGAUUCAGGUCGGACCGAGGAGUGACCCUCAUCAGUAUGUACCGUCUAGUGUCAAUGCAUCGGUCGGCGAUGUGAUUGUCUUUGAAUUCUAUCCGAGGAAUCAUUCGGUGGUCAAAGCCGACUACGAUGCGCCGUGCCUACCGGCCCAAACAGGGGCCAUGUUCUACUCGGGUCAUUUCGAGAAGUUCAAUGAAGAGAAUGGACAGUUGAUAGGACCGCCACCCACCUGGUCGCUGGUCGUGAAUGACACCAAGCCCACGUUCUUCUAUUGUACUGCCAUUGGUUCAUGCAACAAAAACGGAAUGGUCGGCGUGAUAAAUCCGACCGAAAACAUGACCUGGAAGCAUCAGCACGAUAAAGCAUUAAAAUCGCCCUAUCAGCUUGAACCAUGGGAGCAUGUACCUGCCGAAGGUGAAACCCCGGGCUCCACAUCGACCUCUACCCCAUCCGCAGGUUCUUCGUCCGGGAGUCACCUCAGCCCUGGUGCCAUCGCGGGCAUUGUGAUCGGCGGAGUUGCAUUUGUCGGACUUCUCGUGGCGCUAUUCUUUGUCAUGGGCCGAAACCAGGUAUACAAGAAAUGGAUGACGUCGCAGGAUGGAACCACUGAGCGGACCGCCCGUUGGGCUCUGUUCAACAGCCAUGGGGGCGAUCGCAAGAGUGACUGGGAUAACACGCAACCACCAGGUGACCAGCCAACCUACAUGCCGAGCCCGGAUCCCACUCAGCGCACAUUCUCGUCCCCACCAGGGCAGUAUGGCUGGGACCAGUCUAUGUUCCAGCCCAUGCCGCAGUCACCCCCACUAAGGAAUAUGGCUCCCACGGAGCUGGAGGCCCCGGAACCGGUAAACCCUUAUCGAGGCGACGGCAGGUAACGGGGCGAUGCUGUAAUUAUGGCUGUGCGGCUGUGGAGUUAGGAUCUAUGUUUAUUUGGUACGAAGCGCAUCAGUCGGGGCGAAUAUUUUGGCAUACGGGUUCUUAUUUGGUUGAUAUCCUGUUCUUUCUAUUAUGUUGAUACCGGUCAUAGUAUCUGCGGCGAAGCAUGAUAGAC